UAGUAUGUUUUGGCCGUAUCGAAUCUUGUUAUCAUAGUCUUGUUAUCACAGUCUUGUUAUCAUAGUCUUGUUAUCACAGUCUUGUUAUCACAGUCUUGUUAUCACAGUCUUGUUAUCACAGUCUUGUUAUCACAGUCUUGUUAUCACGAACUUGUUAUCACGAACCUGUUAUCACAGCCUUGUUAUCACAGUCUUGUUAUCACAGUCUUGUUAUCACAGUCUUGUUAUCACAGUUUUGUUAUCACAGUCUUGUUAUCACGAACCUGUUAUCACAGUCUUGUUAUCACAGUCUUGUUAUCACAGUCUUGUUAUCACAGUCUUGUUAUCACGAACUUGGUAUCACGAUCUUGGUAUCACGAACUUGUUAUCACGAUCUUGUUAUCACGAACCUGUUAUCACGAUCUUGGUAUCACGCUGUUAUCACGCAUGUGGCAGGUCACUACUGUGUCCGUCGAGCGGUGACGCUAUACUAGCGCGGUUCCGCUGGUAUCACUACUGGUAUCACAUGCGCGCGCGCGCGCACACACACACACACACACACACACACACACACACACACACACUGGCGACACUAAGUGAACACGGUGACGGAACCGCGCUAGUAUAGCAUCAACGCUCGACGGAAACAGUAGUGCACUGUCACAGCGACAAUGGGCGGAAAGGGGAAAGGUAUACGCAUGAGCAGCAGCAGCAGCAGCAGCAGCAGACGUAAGCGGACGUGUGAAGAACCGAAAACGAAACUCUUGGCGGUCAAAGCGAUUACGAUAAGUUUUAAGGAGAGAAAAUUCUUACACAUAGGAUGCGCGUGGACGGAGACGGGAUAUGCUCCGGCAGCGAUGAUUGUGUGUUCCAAUGGAUUUAUGACCUUGAGCUUAAAUCAAAUCGUCGGACUGGUAACGGGUAUUAAUGAUCUCGCGCGGUUCGUGGGCAGCAAUCAACGCGCGGCGUUCCACGUACAACCGCCGGACGGCAUUAUCAUUAAAAAAACCAGAUGUUUUUCAAAGUCAUACCUGAUCAUCAACGACGCGCACACCCGCCUUACGCUGACCGAAGAAAAUUUGUUAACGUUGGAGUGGAAUCGCGAAUCAAUCGUACGGGCACUUGAUGAUAACGCGAAAAUAUGUACAGCCCUGACGGAGCAAUACGGCACGAUGAAGAAUGCGAUGACGGUGGAAGUGAUAAAUCGAUACGCGACAAUGUCGGUCGAUGAGGUGUACACCGCAAUGAUGAAUCAUCCUGUACACGGAUUCCCGCCGCGAGAACCAAGUUAUUACAAAGAAAUCGCGGUCAUAGAGUACAAACGGCUGUGCGACGAAAUAUGGGGAGAAAAUGUUAAUACGAUGAUGAUGACGUCUAACUCACAAUGGAAUUUAGCAGAGUUACUUGACGGUUACACAGAUAAGAACGACGUGGUGGAGGAGGAGGAGAAGACGAGUACUACACCAGUAAUCAAGUCAGACGGUGUGAGCAUUGCUUCACCACCACCACCACCACCACCACCGUGCGAUAGUGUGGAUGACCUGACGGUCGAAACCUGAUAAGGGUAUUUCCCGUUAGGCCGUGUACAAUGAUAACACAAAGAAAAUGGAGGGACGAAAUAACCACACACCAUAUAUAAACGAACACGCUGAACCAUUUAAUCACAUUCACACGCAUACAACAAAAACAAAAUGCAUUACAGAUAUACACCACCAUCGCCGCCAAAUUCGCCGACACCGUUUAGUACCAAUUGGGUGCAGAACGUCGACGACGAUGAUGACGACGACGACGGGUCGCCAGUGAUAAUACCGAUGAGCGUGGUAGACGCUGCAGCAGCGGAAGCGGUGAGUCAUAUACAGCUGCGAAUAGAGAGGGUGUUCUCGCUGACCGACGUAGUGGAUCUAACGAUGUCUUCGGAGGAGGAGGAGUGCAGUUCGUCAUCCACGUCGAGUGUGAUGGAGCUACCCGUCAGCGACACGGAGAGCACAGUCGAAGAAGAGACUGAAAGUAAAAAUGGAUGA